AUGUUCGUCAAGUCCAUCCUCGCUACUCUGGGCCUUGUUGCCCUCGCUAUGGCCGGCGGUGGUGACAAGGUCUGCGCCAGCGACCAGCAGGUUGUCUGCAAGGACAACGGCAGCGGUCUCCUGACCCUCGGCAACAUUCUCCCCGGUGCUCUCGGUGUUGACUGCUCUGGCGGUGACGUCUACUGCUGUGAGAAUGAGGACGUUAAAAAUCUCGGCCUCGUCAACCUCGACGUCAACGCCCAGUGCUCUCUGAACCACGUUCUUUAA